UAUUGAAUGGUUCCCUUACAUUGGCUCGACCGUAGCUGUGACAGCUUCAAGCUUUUUUGAAAGCAGAACUAGUAUUUGCAUAGCAGUGAUGGCAUCAACAAUUUGUUGUAUGUUUAGCUACAAGGAAGUAAAAACGUGGAUGUCUGUUAAAACUUUAAAAAAUUUUAUCACUGCACAAAAUGAUCUACAUCAGUUAGUCAAACAAUGUCUUAAAAUUUUGAGGAGGGUUUAUCGUAAAAGAUCGAAUCCACUUUUUUUGCAAGAAAAAAAUUCUCUAUUGGGAAAUAGAAAAUUAAAUAUUGUUACUUCAAUGAAACAGGCACUGAUAGAAAUUUUUGAAAAUUUAUCUUCCAUAUACUACGAACAAGCUCAAGACAUUUACGAAUUUUUACCUGAUAAGAUGCAGCUUAAUUGCAUCUUGACAAAAAUUGAGUUUGAAAGUGAUAAAGAUUCAAAUGAAAGAAGCUAUGAAGACAUGAAAAGUUUGUACUACACAUUCAUUCUGGUUCAAUCAGAAUUGUUAUUCAUUAUUGCAAAUACUUACAAUGCCAAAGAGAUUAAUACUUAUGGAGUUCCUAAUAAUAAGCUUUUACAAAUUAUAAAAAGUCUGACUAAUUUACUAGAUAUUUACCAUACAAAACUUACAAAACUUUACAUAGAAUAUCAAAAAACUGAAGUAAAACCAGUUAAACGAGUUUUCAGAGGUCUGCCGAAUUCGAAAUGGCAAGAUACUUACAUUCACUUAGAUUUGACUUCUCAAAGAAUUCAGUCUGCCUUUCAAGAAAUCUCAUCCAUAUUAGAAUAUAUUGAUACACAUGCUGAAUAUGAUGAAGAUAACACACAACUUGCUGAAUUUGCUACAGACAAAAUGAACGAAGCUUAUAAAAUGAUAGAACAAGCUAAAAAUUUUGCGGAAUUCUCUAGUUUAUUAAUAGCCAAGGCACAGAAAAAAGCUGUAAAAGAUGUAGAGAAGGAAGAGAAUAACGAAAAUUUGUUCCCAUUAGAAAAUGAUAAUAGACGAGUUGUUGUGAUUGAUGACUAUCCAGAAAUACAAGAUGAAGUAUUUGAAGAAUAUAUAAGAGAAGAAUAUAUUCGACCGCUUAUAGAAAGUAGUGAAGGUAUCAUGGAAAGUUUUAAAUUAGACAAACUGUUGAAAAAAAAUUUCAUGAGCGAAUUGAAAGAAGUUUUAAUUGAAAAACAAAGAACUAUGAAAGAAAGAGAGCUCAAGGCAUUAAAACGAAUGUACAAUAAAGUUCGUAGGGACUCUUGUGCCUCUAGAAUCGAACCAGAAAUGACCAAAUGCGGAGAAAAUUUAGCUGCCUCGGUUCCAAAGUUACCUGGUACUACUUCAACACCAAAGUUGAAAGAUUUAACUAUUGUUGAAACUGAAAAUGAUGAACGACUCGAGGAUAAAGAAUUUUCAACUUCAUCGCGGCCAGCCCCGCCGCCGCCGUCACUGCCACUGCCAUCAUUAGAAGAUCCAGUAAGCUUUGAAUCUUUCAGCGACGAUAGUAAGGAAGAGAAAAAAUCGCGUAAACCUGUUCCAUUACCUCGAGUUAAAAUGCUCAAUACCAAUGAUGAAAUUGGGCCGCUUCAACGCUUUUCCAUCACUCAGAUUACGCCCAACUUCAAGUUACCAGCUUCUUUUAUUAAAACUGAAGAAACAUUUGUGGGUAGUGGGGAGAAUUCGGACGAAGAAUAUGUUAAGAGUGAUAGCGAGGAUGAUGAUGUGGUUGAAAAUUAAUAGUCAUUUUGUUUGUUUGAGUGUUUGUUAGUUCGUUUGGUUGUUUUUUAACGUCUUUAAUACUCAUUUAUUUAUUGAUUACAAUAUAAUCACUUUAUUUGCAACGUAUACUAUAUAAUUGUACAUAUGGAUCUUGCAUGUUAUGAACUGUUAAUGUCAUUCCUUAUUGAAAAUAUGGAAUGUUAAAUAAGAAUCGUUGAGUCGUUAUUUUUUUGAUAUGAAACAUUUAUGGUCUAAUUGUGAAAUUUUAGACAAUAGAAAGAACUACUUAAUUAUUACUUGAGUAAUUAGACUUUUGCAAUAGGUAAUAGCAAUAAAAAUCGUAAUAGUUAUUGCAAUUGAAAAAUAUUUAUAACAAAUCAAAGUUAUAAAAAUACUUGAUAUUAUAAAAUUUGUCCUUUACUUGAAAAAUCUACAAUUUUAUUAAAUGUAUCAUAGUCGUGGAUAUUUGAAUCUUAUACUAUAAAUGUGUUAAUAAUAUUCAAAUUUCAUUCGUUAUGAAUAUGAUUACGUGUGUUGAAAUGUUGUAAUCAACAUCGCUAAAAAUCCAUUGCGUUCGUUAUGUCUUAAAAAAGCAUUUUUUUUAGCGAUGCCUAUAUUAUCGAAAUAUUAUUGGUACACGUUAAAACAUGAUAAUCACACACUGUUACCGUUUGUGUUCAAGUGCAAGGAUUUGACACGAAUUAUAAUUAACGCUGCUGGAGAAUAUCAGAUUGUAAGUUUGCGAACUGAAUGAUCGCGAUCCUCCAGUAGCUUUUGUGUAAAACAAAGACUCGUACACGAUUGCAUUUAAA